ACUCAUACGGACGAUAUCCAUCUGAGAUCUCUGACAACGAACGAGAUCCACGCCGAUGCAGCGCAACCAAUCCUGAAAACAGUCGACAAAGACUGCGAAAUAGUCCAAUCCACCAAUCAAUGGAACGUCAGAAUCAUGGGGAACUACAUUAGUAUGCUGCAGCAUGCUAUGGUGAAUGAGGGCACGGUUGGGGACUAGAUACAAAUGUGGGACUGGAAAUCCAAGAACAAUGGUUACCAGGUAAAUCAAAGUACUGUCACAAGCUAGAAUGACUAGAGGCUUGUUUACACCACAGUUCGUUCUCCGGUUUCACAAUGGUAUCAACGACCACUCCUUCAUUGAAAAGGAGAAUUUCCUCGUUCUCGAGUGCCGCGGGACCAUGGAGAUAUAUUGCGUUGCCGACAAAUCAAAUCCCCCUCAAUGCACCGCGAAACUCUCUUUACCUUCUCUCAUGGAUCAUGUUCCAUACACAGGGGCAGUCACGGACGUAAAUAUAAUUCCCACCUCCAUGCUUCCAUAUUCUCAAAAGUCCUACCAACCUACAUGCUCAUUUCACCCCAGUACGAACGAUCAACUCGUAGCCAUUCGUGUCUCUGUCACUGGGACAAUGGGUCUAACUCGCCCAAUCGAUUCCCGCUGCUAUAGCUUCUUUAUGCUGCGCAGUGCCAUUGUGGAAUUCGAAAACGUAUUCGUCGAGACUUAUGGUCAACCGACCUUGAAUGAUCCCAAGUUACUUUGGUGAACGUGGGGGCCGCAGCAUACGUCGUGGUUCCGGGUUCAAAGGGAUGAGGACUGGCGGUCUUCGCUCUGUGGUUUCCGUGUUGUUGAGCCCAUCAACGACUCUUCUCGAGUGUCACGCAUGCCCCAACGGUUACGCAUCAGAAUUUCAAUCCACAC